CAGAAGUUCUGCUAUCAUGUACAGUACAUUCCUAAUUGCAGUCUGCAGCCAGCUGAAAUGCUGGGACUUGGCCCCUAUGAGCUGAGGCGUGUGUUGCACAGCAGCUAUUAUUGCUAUUUAUUUACACCUCUGUCACCAGCAUGCUCUGCAGCACUUUACAAUUGGGAACAAUCUAGGGAUGGACCGCAGAAGCCAAUGGUUAGCAGCCAUCGAUGUUACUGAUUUGAUGGAAGUACUUUUCCCAUUGAGUUUCUUCCAGAAUUAGAGGCCACAAAAUGCCGAAGUGUAUCAUCGACUAUUGCCGCAAUUAUGCCGGGAUGAGAAGGAACAUUGCCAAGGUCAGUCUGCACGUUUUCCCAACCACGGUGGACAGGAUCAAAUCAUGGCUGAGGUCCAUUAAGCAGAGCGGACAAGUGUUCAAGAAUCUCAAUGCGAUGGCUUUGAAAAUACACAAGGGCAAAAAAGACGACUCGUAUCGAGUUUGUUCCGAACAUUUCUCAAAAUACAGCUACAUGUUCUGUGGUGGUAAGAAGGUGUUAAAGAAGGACGCUGUUCCCACAGUCUUCACCCAACAGGGAGAUGCAGUAGCUUGCGUCAGUGGACUGCGGAGUAAGAAGAGGAGAGGCUGGUUGCUGAGGCAGCAGGCAAAUAAACCUCUGAAGAAGAGAUCCAAUGGAUUAUUACAACAUCGUUCACAGUCAACGGAAACAAAACGUGCCUACAAAACAAAGUCCUCCACAGUAAAUGACAGAAAAGAGUUGACAAGGAGAAUAUUAAAUCUCACCCUUGAUAUCAUCUAUCUGCUGACUGGGGAGGAUUAUAUUGUUGUAAACAAGUCUGCUGAGUGCAUUACACCCGAAGUUUCUGGAGGAUUGAACAGGACCCAGAGCCCCAUGACAGUGCCUUCACCACACUCACUGACACAUGACAGAGACAAUGAGCAGAAGAUCCUGGAACUCACCAACAAGAUCAUUCAGCUGCUGACUGGAGAGGAGGGGGAGUAUAAAGGACACAAGGAUAUGAUGAUGGAGAAUCAGCAGCCACUAAUGUCGCCGGAUUGCUUCCAUAAAAAAGAUACGCCCCAUACGGAGAUUUGUUCUUUAGACUCUAUAGACAUGGAUACAAGUGUUAUUAGUGAUUGCAAGCCGUCAAACUGCUUUCAAAUCUUGAAGUCAACAGACAAUAUGGAGAAAUCGGAGAAGAAUGCAUCUGUCUUGUGUGAAGAAAAAAAUGUCACAGACCCUGACAUUUAUGAACCUAAAUAUCAAAAACAGUCUACAUCUACUCAUAUUAAAGAGGAACUAACCUCAUGUGAUGGAGGAGACCUCACAGACACUGACAUGUAUACACCCACAGGUCAUAUACAGUAUACAGCUACUCAUAUUAAGGAGGAACCUGUCUCAUGUGAUGGAGGAGACCUCACAGACACUGACAUGUAUACACCCACAGGUCAUAUACAGUAUACAGCUACUCAUAUUAAGGAGGAACCGGUCUCAUGUGAUGAAGGAGACCUCAAAGACACUGACAUGUAUACACCCACAGAUCAUAUACAGUCUAUAUCUACUCAUAUUAAGGAGGAACUGGUCUUGUGUGAUGGAGGAGACCUCAAAGACACUGACAUGUGUACACCCACAGAUCAUAUACAGUCUACAUCUACUCAUAUUAAGGAGGAACUGGUCUCGUGUGAUGGAGGAGACCUCAAAGACACUGACAUGUGUACAUCCACAGGUCAUACACAGUAUACAGCUACUCAUAUUAAGGAGGAACCUGUCUCAUGUGAUGGAGGAGACCUCAAAGACACUGGCAUGUAUACACCCACAGGUCAUACACAGUAUACAGCUACUCAUAUUAAGGAGGAACCUGUCUCAUGUGAUGGAGGAGAGCUCACAGACACUGAUAUGUAUACACCCACAGGUCAUACACAGUCUACAUUUACUCAUAUUAAGGAGAAACUGGUCUCCUAUGAUGCAGAAGACCUCACAGACUCUGACAUGUAUAGAUCCACAGGUCAUACACAGUAUACAUUUAAUUAUAUUAAGGAGGAACCCAUGUCAUGUGAUGGAGGAAACCUCACACACACUGGCAUGUAUAUACCCACAGAUCAUACACAGUCUACAUCUACUCAUAUUAAGGAGGAACUGGUCUCAUGUGAUGGAGAAGACACAGACACUGACAUGAUAACACCUAUAGGUCAUACACAGUCUACAUUUACUCCUGUUAAGGAGGAAUCGGUCUCAUGUGAUAGUGGAAACCUCACAGACACUGAUAUGUAUACACCCACAGAUCAUACACAGUCUACAGCUACUCAUAUUAAGGAGGAAUCAGUCUCAUGUGAUGGAGAAGACACUGACAUGUGUACACCUACAGGUCAUACACAGUCUACAUCUACUCAUACUACGGAGGAACCGGUCUCCGGUGAUGGAGGAGACCUCACACACACUGACAUGUAUACACCCACAUAUAAUACACAGUAUACAUCUCAUAUUAAGGAGGAACCCAUGUCAUGUGAUGGAGGAAACCUCACACACACUGACAUGUAUACACCCACAUAUCAUACACAGUAUACAUCUAUUCGUAGUAAGGAGGAACCCAUAUCAUGUCAUGGAGGAAACCUCACACACACUUACAUGUAUACACCCACACAUCAUACACAGUAUACAUCUACUCAUAUUAAGGCGGAACCCAUGUCAGGUGAUGGAGGAAACCUCACACACACUUACAUGUAUACACCCACAUAUACACAGUAUGCAUCUCAUAUUAUGAAGGAUUUAGUCUCAUAUCAUAAAGACAAUGUUACAAACAUUGACACUUAUACACCCACCUAUUAUACUCCAUAUCUAUCUACUCACACAGAGUAUACCCCACCUAGGUACCAAAAUAACCAUAUGCGGAAGGAUUUCUUGGGCUUUGGUGAAGGAAGCAGCAGAGAUGUCUGCGCACUGAGAAAACACGAACACACCAAAUAUACAUUCGCACCAAUGAAGGAGGGCUCUGCCUCAGAGGAAGAUAAAAUUGAUGUAGACACCCAAACUUAUGCCUCCAAAGAUCAUAAAAAACAUGAAUCUAUCCCUGUCUUGGAUGAAUCUGUUUCGGGUGAAGAAGACUGCACCAUGUCUGCCAAGAAAUACAAUGACAUUUACACACCCACAAAUCAUAUGCAAUAUAUAUAUAAACCUUUCAAAUUUGCAUUGGAUCAUGCAGAGAUGCAGCGUAUAUCGGGAAACGAUCUCUCUGAUCUGUUACCAUGUCCUGACUGUCGGAUGUGCUUUAUUUCAGCGUAUGAUCUUUCUGUACAUCUUGGAGUUCAUGCAGCAGAGAAACAAAUUGCUACUGGGAAGCGUGGAAGGGGGAAACGGGUUUUUGCUAUUUCUACCUUUUUCCCUCCAUUUGUAGAGCAACUAUAAAACACACUGUGGAACUGCCCGCCGGGACAGGUGAAAGAGGAAAUCUCACAGACGGUGACAAUCGUAAACCCACAUAUCAUGUACAAAAUACGGUGUAUUGAAAAAGUUUUUAUUCCCCUAUUUCUCUUACGUCCUAGUGGAUACUGGGGUCUUGUACUUUAGUACCAUGGGGUAUAGCUUGGGUCCACUGGAGCCUGGCACUUUAAAACUUUUAGUGUGUGCAUGGGCUCCUCCCCUCUAUGCCCCUCCUACCAGACUCAGUUUAGAAAAAUGUGCCCAAGGAGCCGGGUGCAUUUCUCUGGAACUCCAAGGAGUUUCCUUUAUUUUUUGUUUUAGUUUAUUAUUUUCAGGUAGUACUGGUUGGCAACCAGGCUACCUGCUUCGUGGGACUUAGAGGGGGGACUGAACCAACCUCCUGAGGGUUAAUGGUUCAUAAUCCCUGCUGACAGGACACUGAGUUCCUGAGGUGCUGAUCACUCAUCGUUAGUAUGUGUGCCCACGCCAGCAGCUAGCCGCCACCUUCUAACAGAUGCCAAAGAUCCAGGUGUGGUGAGUGUUACACUGGGGUCCCGGUUAGCAGCAAGUCACGCAGCGGUCACAGGCCCGGAGCUGCGGUGCCUGCCGCGGACAAACUGGCUCAGGGCUGCUGCCCUGCAUUGCUCACUGUCUCUAAGGCGUUGUUUGGACUGUUUAAUACAUUUUGAUGUGUUUUUAGUACUGAGGCCAUUAUAAUCUCUGUGAGGGACCGUGCGCCAUUGCAAGGGGCGGGGCUUCCCGGAGCGGGACCAGCGGCGAGAAGGCGCCAUUUUACUGCUGCUGCAGAUCACCAAGGCUGCAUGCACGCUGCUCCUCCAGGACCCAUGCUGUUACAGAAAACCUGGUACCAGGGGGUCAUAGUCAGGGGGGAGCACGUCAGCGGUAAUGCCACUACACUUAUAUCACAUACACAUAUUUCAACACAUUGUGCUGCUGUGUUCUGUGUGCUGGUGUCCGCUCCUCAGUGUCACUCCAGGGGCUCUCUAGAGUCUGUGUGGGGUGUAGUUCAGUGGGCUGCGCUAUAGUUUCCUGUAUAAUGUCUGUGGACAUGGUUAUGUGUGCUGCUUGUAAUUCUACCCCGUCUUCAGCGGGGUCUCUCAUGUGUGAGCAAUGUUCUUUGUCUCCGCAAGGGCCCAGCUCAGACACCUGACUGGUGAGAUAGCCUUAAGAGCAUGAUUCAAAUUGUAAAUUUUGAAUUAGCUGCAGCUAAAAGAGAAAGACAGGUGAUAAAACACUCCAUUGCUUGUUUGGCUAAAGCAGCAGAUACCAAGAAGGCAUCUCAGCCACCUCUAGUGGCUUCACAUAAACGCUCACUGCCACAGGUGCUCCAGUCUGAUUCUGUUUCUGAUCAGCCAGAUGUGGAUGAUGAUGAUGAUGAUAUGAACGAGGACAGCUCUCUGUUCCCUGUGGUGGAGGCUCUCAUUUUUGCUGUAAGAGAGGUCCUCCAGAUACCGGAUCAGGAGGUGGAACCAGAUGAGGAGUUAUAUUUUAAUGCUAGACCCAAUAAACCCUGAUAAAAAAUGUAACAUUCCUUAGAGGUUAUUGACUACUUUUCCUUUCCCUGAUGAGGACAGGAAGGUAUUGGUACUGCUGGUGCCUGGGGCUGUAUCCCUGAAAGAGCCAGCUGAUCGUAAAAUUGAGACCACGCUCACGGCAGUCUAUACGGCGGCAGGCGCUGCUCAACGCCCCACAAUUGUUUGCUGUGGAUUUCCAGGGCAAUAAGUCAAAUGGUCUGAUAACGUUAUUGACGGUUUAGACACUUUGCCCCGGGAUGAGGUAGUUACUCUACUGCAACAUAUAGAGGAUGCUGCAGAUUUUAUGAGCAAAGCUAUUAAGUAGUUGUGUAAGCUUAAUGGCCACACUACUACUAUGGCUGUUUCGGCGCAUAGAGCACUGUGGUUACAUCAGUGGUCAGCAGACGCUGAUUCCAAAAAGGGUGUCGAAAAUCUUCCCUUUACAGGUGAUGCAUUAUUUGGAGAAGAAUUAAAUAAAUGGAUCUCCCAAGCAACAGCGGGUAAGUCUACCUAUCUGCCGUCGGUUGCGCUGCCUGCUAGACGUUCUUACACAGGACCCUCCUUGCAGUCCUUUCGUGUGGCAAGGUUCAGAGGCAGGAGCCGAGGGGUCUCCACCACUUCCAGAGGAUCUCGUGGUAAGUCCCAUAAACCUGCACCUGCUGUUUCCCUGGACCAGAAGACCGGAUCCCCUUCCGCGUGACAGCCCCAGCAGCAAGGCGGCUUUCAGGUAGGUGCUCGCCUUCAACACUUCACCACGUGUGGGCGGAGUCCUGCCAGGACACUUCGGUGAGGGACCUCAUUUCCCAGGAAUACCGGCUGGAAUUUAAAAUGCUCCCUCCCCACAGAUUUUUCAAGUCGGGCUUACCAGCUUUACCCGCAGCAAAAGUUACCUUACAAGAGGCUCUUCAAAAACUUUUGCAGACAGGGAUGGUGGUUCCAGUACCUCCUCCGUUACGCAACAGGGGUUUUUACUCCAGUUUUUUUGUCGUUCCCAAACCAGACGGUUCGGUGCGCCCCAUCUUGAACCUGAAGUGUCUGAACCCGUAUCUGCGGGUGUUCAAAUUCAAGAUGGAAUCACUGUGGGCGGUGGUGUCUGCUCUGGAGGAGGGGGAGUUCCUGGUGUCUCUGGACAUCAAGGAUGCUUACCUACACAUUCCCAUGUGGCCCCUCAUCAAGCUUACCUCAGGUUCGCCAUAUUGGACGACCAUUUCCAGUUUCAGGCCUUACUCUUCGGAUUAUCCACAGCCCCGAGGGUCUUCACCAAGGUCAUGGUGGAAAUGAUGCUACAACUGUGCAUGAUGGGAGUGAACAUAGUCCCGUACUUGGACAAUCUCCUGAUAAAGGCUGAGUCCAGGGACUGUCUGCUGCACAGCAUCGACCUGACGACUUGCCUGCUUAUGGAUCAUGGGUGGAUCCUGAAUUUUCAGAAAUCUCUCCUGGAACCGAACCAACAUCUUCAGUUCCUGGGAAUGAUACUGGAUACAGUGUCUCAAAAGGUGUUUCUCCCGAUGGACAAGCCCUUGGCUAUCCAGACUAUGGUUCGCUUGGUGCUCAGUCCUCGCAGGGUAUCCGUACAUCUUUGCAUCCGAUUACUGGGCAAGAUGGUGGUUGCUUGCGAGGCAAUCCAAUACAGCAGAUUUUAUGCCCGACCAUUUCAGCUGGAUCUGCUGGACAAAUGGCCGGGGUCUCGCCUUCACAUGGAUCAGGAAGUGACACUAUCUCCAAAAGCCCGGAUUUCUCUAUUAUGGUGGCUACAAGUUUCUCACUUGGUAGAGGGCAGGAGUUUCAACAUACACUCGUGGAUUCUUCUGACAACGGAUGCCGGCCUCCGGGGUUGGGGAGGCUGUGACCCAAGGGUGGUCGAGACAGGAAUCUGUUCUGCCGAUAAACAUUCUGGAACUCAGGGCAAUUUACAAUGCCCUUCUGCAGGCUUCUCAUCUCCUGAAGGAUCAGGCAAUCCAGGUUCAGUUGGACAACGCCAUGGCGGGGGCGUACAUCAACCGACAAGGGGGAACAAGAAGCAGAGUGGUGAUGCGAGAGGUGUCAAAAAUCAUACUCUGGGUGGAGGCCAACGCAAGGGCCAUCUCAGCCAUAUUCAUUCCAUGGACAAUUAGGAAGCAGACUUCCUCAGCAGGCACGACCUCCAUCCAGGGGAAUGGGGCCUACAUCCCCAGGUGUUUCAACAGUUAAUUCACCGGUGGGGCUGUCCGCAGAUAUCUCUGCUGGCUUCUCGUCUAAACAAGAAGCUAUGCCGUUACUGUUUCAGAAUGCGGGACCCGCUGGCUGCUGCAGUGGACGCACUGACGACCCUGUGGAUGUACCAGUUUGUUUCCUGUUCCCUCCUCUACCGCUAAUCCCAAAGGUUCUCAAAAGACUAAGAAGGGAAAGCGUACAGGCAAUUCUAAUUGCCCCGGAUUGGCCUCAACGGUCAUGGUACUCGGACAUCCUAACCAUGGCUCUGGAGGAUCCCUGCCCUCUGCCGCUACAAAACGAUCUUCAGCAAGGUCGGAGGUCCGUUUGUUUAUCCAGACUUACAGCGGCUGCGUUUGACGGCUUGGAAGUUGGGAGGGAAAUUCUAGCUAGAUAGGGUCUUCCCUCCCGAGUCAUUUCCACCAUGGUCCAGGCCAGGAAGAUGGUUACAUCAAAACAUUAUCAUCGUAUCUGGAAAAAGUAUGUUUCCUGGUGUGAAGGUAGAAAGGUUUCUCCCAUGGAAUUUAGAAUUGGUCGUUUUCUACUUUUUCUGCAAGCGGGGGGUGGAUUACGGUUAUGCUCCAUCUCUAUUUUCUUCCAGAAACAACUUGCCAUGUUGCCUGAAGUACAGACUUUCCUAAAGGGAGUUCUUUAUCUGCAACCGCCCUUUGUGCCUCCCACAGCUCUGUGGGACCUCAAUGUGGUUCUGUCCUUUCUUCAAUCGGAUUGGUUUGAACCCUUACAUAGGGUGGAGUUAACAUUUCUCACCUGGAAGACGGAGAUGUUAUUGGCAUUGGCGUCUGCCAGAUGUGUCUCUGAAUUGGGGGCCUUAUCCUGAAAGAGCCCUUAUUUGAUAUUUCACGCAGACAGGGCAGAACUUAGGACUUGUCCUCAGUCUUUGCCAAAAGUGGUUUUUGCUUUUCAUGUGAAUCAACCUGUAGUGGUUCCAGUGUUGUCUGCUGCUUCCGUUGGUCCCAAGUCCUUGGAUGUGGUCAGGGCUCUGAAGAUUUAUGUCAACAGGACGGCCCGUCAUCAGAUUUCUGCCUCGCUGUUUGUCCUUUAUGAUGCCUCCAAGAUUGAUCGGCCGGCUUUUAAGCAAUCUCUUGCUCGCUGGCUCAGGUUGACCAUUCAACAAGCCUAUUCUUCGGCAGCUAUGCCUUUGCCGACGUCUAUUCAGGCCCACUCGACGAGGUCGGUGGGAUCUUCCUGGGCAGCUGCCCGGGGUGUUUCGGCCCUACAAAUGUGCCGAGCUGCAACUUGGUCUGGUUCGAACAUUUUUGUUAAGUUCGAUACUUUGGCCAAGGAUGACCUUCAGUUUAGUCAGGCGGUUUUACAAGGGUCUCAGCACUCUCCCACCCAUUUGGGAGCUUUGGGACUUCCCCAUGGUACUACAGUACAAGACCCCAGUAUCCACUAGGACGUAAGAGAAAAUAGGAAUUUAAUACCUACCGGUAAUUCCUUUUCUCCUAGUCUGUAGUGGAUACUGGGAGCCCGCCUCAGUGCUUCAAUCCUGCUUACCUGUGUAUUUGUUUGGACCAGUGUUGUGGUCCCUUCUGUUGUUGGGAUGGCUGUGCUAUCCGGAUUAGGUUGGUGUUGCUAUCCUCUGUUCUGGUUAGCGCCCUCCUUCCGUUUAUGGUUGUGUUUUGGCUUGUUGCCUCACUGCUGUUGUAUUGUUUCUUCUCUCAUAUUUUGUCCGUCUCCUCGGGCACAGAGUUUUCCUAAACCGAGUGUGGUAGGAGGGGCAUAGAGGGGAGGAGCCAGCACAC